UUCCCCCCCAUCUGUAUCUCUUGAAAACAGUGACUGAGCGGCCCAGUUGGACUCAACAGAAACCUGGCGCUGGACGCUAGAUGGCGACAGAUUCUCUCCAAGCAGAUCCUGCUUUGAAGAAGAGUUUCCUCUAUUUCCGGGUCGGCGUGUUUCGCAUCGCGGUGGUUGUCGUGUGUCUGUCACUGUCGCGUCGGAGUUGAUCCACAAUUAUGUCAUCGGAAGGUCCCGUCAUCCGGACACAAGAGGCGGCACCCGUUCCAGGGAAUCUGCGGCUUUGCUGUCCGAUCUAUGGCUGCAGGAGGGUCUACAACGACCAGGCGGCUCUGGAGGUCCACAUCAAGGACCACCAGAUCCCAGCCCAGUCUGUCCCAGGGAAAGUCCUCCAGUGCUCCACGGUCGGCUGCUCCUGUUCCUUCCCGGACAUGCAGAGCCUGAUGUUGCACACGCGGCACCAUCACAAACCCAACAUCUACUUCCUGUGCGAGAGCUGUCGGACCAAGCUGCGCUCCUACAGGGGUCUGCUGACUCACCUGCACACCUGCUCCAAAGUGUCCCGCUCCAAGGCCAAGGCAGCAGAGGCAGCGGCCGCCCAGCAGAGCGCCAGCAGCUCGUCCGCCCCGACGACGGAGGCGGCGCCUCCCGUUGUGAGCCCCGUGACGGGCGCCGUCGGACCUCAGCCGGAGCCUCUCGUGGCUCUGCCCCCGACCACAGACAUGGCCCAGCAGUUUAGCGCAGAGCUGACUCCCGACCCUGCGAGUCAGCGUCCUCACACCUUGUCUUCUCUUCUUCCUCCUUCUCCUCCGCCUCUGCCUGAAGUCGAUGAUCCAGUUGGGCCUCCACUGCUGACCCAGGCUCCAGAGAGCGCCCUCUCCUUGCCCCCCAGCUCCUCCGCCCACAUGAGGACGCAGAACCAAAGCUGAUAGUGACGUGUUUUUCUAUGUGUGCGUCCUUCAGUCACACUCACAGGUCAGCAGAAAUCAUCACAAACUUCAUGUAGAGACUCGUGUUGAAAUCCACCAUCUACUCCCAGGAUGAAUCAUGGAACUGCUUUUUCAUGACGUGCUCUGUUUUUAUUUAUAUUCAAUGCUGUUCUGGGUGAAACUAGAAGGGUAAACAUGUGGAGGAAUAAAACCACACUGGCUCUGCACUUGUCAUUUUCAAGUCUCUUCAACUGGACUCCCAGAGUGCAACAACAGUUUCCUGACGUCGUCGGCCUUCCUCAAAACGUUUAUCGUUGUAGACCACAGUUUAAAAAUGAAGAACUUUUGCAUCACUUUUCGCCCUGAAGGGCUGGAACUUGUUUACUAUAGUGCAACAGUGGGGCUCCUUUACCACCUGAUGGUUUCAUUUCAUUUUAUUUUUUAUAUUCAGCUACUUCAGUCUGUCAUAGAAUCAGUGUAUGAUUCAACUGGUCCGCAUCUGGUGGUGAAAACAAGUCACCUGGGGUGAGAAAAUGUGUGUUUCUUCCUGGCUCAUUGAAUGCUAACUUCAUUAAUAGUACAGUCAUUUUUGUUUCAGUUUAACUUCCCAAAUUUAUUUUCAAAAUCUCUAACUAGUUUGCUGCCUGACUAGGAUUUAUUUUGACCUUUUCAAGCCGAAGAAUUACCAGCAGCCAUUAAAACGAGGAAAACAAAAAGAAAAACGAAUGACGCGACAUAUCGAGCCAUAGACAUUUACAUCCAGGUUCCGUUACUCGGAGUUUGUUUUUGGUAUCACGCCACUAGGGGAACCCCGUGUCCUGAAUGUUGUGGACCGCAGUUUCAAGCCUCCUCAAA